UAAUCCCACAACCCUAGCUACAAAGUUACAUCUAUUCUCUCUGAAAUCUGAUAAAUAGCCUAUUCAUAAUAAAGAACGAUAAAAAAGGAAAAAAAAUUGUCAAUAUGUCUAAGUUUCUUGUUUAUCAAAUUGUCAAUAUGUCUAAGUUUCUUGUUUAUCUUUUGGUUUGUCUUUCUCUCCAUGCAUGCAGUGCUAGACCACUCGCAACAACUACUGAUGAAGAAAACAGAAUACAGGACGUAACAUUUUUGACAAGGGACACAUUUAAAACAGAAGGAAAAAUCACGUUUGAAAAUAAUGGAAGUGGAAGUCGAGAUGAUGCAAAACUUAUGUGGAAAAAGAGAUCAAAUGGAGAAGAAACUAAAGGAAACAAGGUCAUUACAGUUCAAGAAGGAGCUCAAGUAAAGAUGUUGAGGAGACAAUCGCGAUUGAUUCUAGAAACUCCACCAUUAGCACAACAUGAGGAAGAAGCAGUGAACUCCAUUGAAAAAGACCCUGUGGAAGACGUGGUGGUUAUGGACUAUGCUCAACCCCAUCGAAAACCACCUAUUCACAACACUAAACACUAGAUUUAUAUAUUUGUAUCUUAGUAGAUGAAAAAACAUACUUAUAUGUAUUUUGCUUUCUCGUUUAUAUACGUGAGUCUGUCGGUUUUCAGUUUGUUCUUUUUUGUUUUUUUCGUAAAUGAAGGAGAAUCCUACAUAAGAAAUACUCGUAUAUGAUACGAUAUUCCAUAUAUGUACAAAUAGAAAUUCUAAGAAAGGCAAAAGCCCUAGCAAGAAAUAUCAGUGGUAUGGUCACGUGUUACAUUAAUGCAUGGUGAUUGAGGUUUAAGGGCA